AUGAGGUCAGCCAUCGGAAAAGUGACCGGUGUAAUGAAAUGCCGAUCUGGCACACCAUAUGUCAGAUUUGGCCACUUAAGCACCAGAUUGGUACUUCUCGCGACUGGAUUUGACCAUGGAGUGUCAAAUCCAAUCGCGGGAUCUGGUCGAGAAGCACCAAAUCCGAUGCUUCUUGUGGCCAAAUCUAGUUGGAUUUAUGUUGAAUCUUGUCGAAAAGGACUAUAUCGAUGCUUUUCGACCCUAUUCGGUUGUGAAAUCGUCGUCGUUACUACAGUCGCUACCGCCAACGUUAUCUCUGGUGAUGAAUUUAGAUUGGGACUUGGGAGUGUUAAGCGGGUUUCUUCAGUAGCUUUUUCCCUUUUCACUAAAGCAGAGAUGGAAUCUGACAAUAUCAAUGUUUCUUUUGAAUCAAAUGUUCAUUUUCUGAAGGAAUCUGAUGAUUGUCUACAGAUUGAUCAGUUAGGAGCAACAGAUGAAAAGAAGCCAUGCCAACCCAAAAACGAAAAAAAGAACUCAAGUGAUGGAAAAUCAAAAGUAAAGUGCAAGCUUUGUGGGUAUAUUUUGAAUUAUGAAAGUAAGUAUGGGACAGGUAAUUUGAAACAUCAUAAUGAUAAUUGUGUUAGGAAAGACACACGUGAUAUAGGUCAAAUGAUAUUUUCUAAAGAACAUAAUUCAAUGUUAAUGAAGUCUUCAAAGUUUGAUCCUGAAAAGUUUCGUGAAUUAGUGGUAGCUGCAAUUGUGAUGCAUAAUUUGCCUUUAUCAUUUGUGAAGUAUACUGGCAUUAAGUCUAUAUUGUCUUAUUUGCGUGAAGAUGUUGUUCUGAUCUUCAGGAACACUGUUAAAGCUCAUAUAAUUAAGAUGCAUAAAAGAGAAAAAUGUAAGAUACAAUCCUUGCUUCAAGAAUCACCUGGGAGGAUUUGUUUGACUUUUGAUUUGUGGACUUCUGUUGUUACUGAUGGGUAUAAGUGUCUUACUGCUCAUUUUGUUGACAAAAAUUGGGUUCUACAGAAAAGAAUCUUGAAUUUUUCCUAUAUGCCACCUCCACACAAUGGUGUUGCUUUGAGUAGAAAGAUUUAUGCAUUGUUAGUUGAAUGGGGAAUUGAAAGUAAAUUGUUUUCAAUAACAUUAGAUAAUGCUUCUGCAAAUGAUACUUUUGUUGAUUUGUUGAAAGUGCAAUUGAAUAUGAGAAAGCAACUUUUAGGAGGAGGCAAGUUUUUUCAUAUAAGAUGUUGUGCUCAUAUACUUAAUUUGAUUGUGCAAGAUGGUUUGAAAGAAGUUGAUAGUGCGAUCCAAAAAGUGAGGGAAAGUAUUAAGUAUGUGAAAGGUUCUCAAGGGAGAAAACAAAAGUUUUUAGAGUGUGUGAGCCUAGUGAAUUUGAAUGCAAAAAGAGGCUUAAAACAAGAUGUGCCAACUAGGUGGAACUCUACAUUUCUCAUGCUUGAAAGUGCACUUUAUUUUCGCUUGGCCUUUUCUCAUUUGGAAAUUAGUGAUUCAAAUUUCAAUCAUUCUCCAUCUAAAGAUGAAUGGGAUAGAAUUGAGAAACUUAGCAAGUUCUUAAGUAUUUUAGCUAUAGUUGUGAUAUUUGAUCCUCGGUACAAGAUUCAAUUUGUGGAAUGGAGUUACACAAAGCUUUAUGGGAGUGAUUCAACUGAAUUUAAAAAGGUUAAAGAUCAUUUGUUUGCUCUUUAUGAUGAAUAUGCUGUCAAGGUUCCUAAGACUCCAUCUUCUUUAAAUGACAGACCUUUUGAUGAGAAAAACGUGCACAAGGGAAAAAACAAGUUCUUGAAGGAGUUUGACAAUUUUCAACAUGAGUUUGGGACUGCGAAGAACAAAUCUCAACUGGAGCAAUAUUUGGAUGAACAAAGGAUUGAAACGACAAUUGAAUUGGAUAUUUUACAAUUUUGGAAGACCAAUCAGUUUCGUUAUCCUAAGGUUUCUGCCAUGGCUCGAGAUAUCUUGGCCAUUCCUAUAUCGACAGUGGCUUCCGAGUCUGCUUUUAGUGUUGACGUUAAAGUUCUUGAUCAAUAUCGGAGCUCACUUAAACCAGAUGUUGUGGAGUCAAUUUUAUGUUGUAAGGAUUGGCUAUUUGGGGUGUCAUGA